ACCGGGCCGGGCCAGGGGCUUCUGCUCCCUCCUCCUGAGUGCUCCACCCGCAGCUUCACGGACCCGAGCGUGUCCAUGGACCUGCUGCGCGCUGUGCUGCAGCCCAGCAUCAACGAGGAGAUCCGGGGCAUCUUCAACAAGUACAUGAAGUUUUUCCAGACAGCAGCAAUCAACGUGCGUGAUAACGUUGGGGAGGAGGUGGACCCAGAGCAGCUCAUCCAGGAGACGUGUAGGAGCUGCCUGGAGCAGGCGAAACUGUUGUUCUCUGAUGGCAAAAAGGUGGUUCCCAGGUUGCCCCAUGAACAGGCAGUGCCAAAGCGUGCCCGACAGAUGGAUGAGGAGCUGAGCCGUCGAGGGAGCCCCAUUCCAAAAAAGAGGAAGGGGCGGCCUCCAGGACAGAGCCUGUCAAAUGACCGUGGAGUCUCAGGCAUGGCAGCGUGGAAGCUCAAAGUCUCUGAGCCUGUGAAAAGGGAUGGACCAAAGUGGGAUCCAUCCCGACUGACUGAAACCACAACCUUUGUGCUGGGAUCUCGAGCAAACAAAGCUCUCGGGAUGGGAGGAACAAGAGGGCGACUCUACAUCAAGCAUCCCCACCUCUUUAAGUACGCGGCCGACCCGCAGGAUAAGCACUGGCUGACAGAGCAGCAGCACAUGAGGGCCAUUGGGGGCAAGAUGGCCUACCUCCUCAUCGAAGAGGACAUUCGGGAUUUGGCUGCCAGUGAGGAUUACAGGGACUCUGUUGAUCUGCGACUGGAAGAGCUGAAGCCCUUCAUCCCACCAGCCUGGAUGACUGAGAAGAUGCAGAAACACAUGGAGACGCUUCGGCGCGGGGCGGACGUGCCGCCCCCCGAGGAGCCCCCCGAACCCUGAUACCCCCCAAUAAAGCCGCUUCGCUCCCA